AUGCAGCAGUAUGGGAGGGCGUGGCCAACCUGGCACAACCAGGAAGGUGCAGCAGAGUGGGCGGAUGAAGGGCCUCCACCCUGCAGCAGAGCUUCAGCAGCAGCAGAGAGACACGGUCGACCCCCAGCUCACCUGAACAGUUCAACCAUGAGGUGGCGCUCUCCUCCUCUUCCUCUCCUCUUCCUCUUCUCCCUCCUCACCCUGCUGGUCGAUGGAGCAGCAGCUUCAGAUUUCAAGAUCUGCGCCUACAAUGUGCAGAAAUUCAACUCCGCGAAAGCAUCAAACACCAGAGUGCGACACACUCUGACACGGAUCCUGUCUCGCUGUGAUAUCAGUCUCCUGCAGGAGGUGAUGGAUCCUGAUGGUAAAGCCAUCCAAAAGCUGCUGGCAUCUCUCAACAGGCCAACCGACAGGUAUGACAAGUUCAGCUACCGAGCAGUUUCCAGUAAGGCUCUGGGAAAGUCUCCCAACAACAUGCAGCAGUACGUUUUCAUCUACAGGUAAGACACAGUG